AUGUCAGGGUUUCAUUACGAAUUCGACGGCUACUCGGAACCAAGCACCGAUACUGACAUUGGCAGUUCCCACCCUUUCAACCCCUACAUGUCAUACAGGCAGCCACCCAUGCUAACUUAUUAUCCUCAUACCAGUGGCAGUAUGAGCUCAGGAUACCCCUCCUCAUCCUCGUCAAACCUGGACUAUCUGGACCUCGCACGCUCGUCAUCCUCCUCAUACGGCCCCGGAAGCACAAGCUCUAGUAUGGGGUACAUGUCCGGCUCGGACUACGGUAGCUAUGGCUCCGGAUAUGGAUCCAGCUUCGGCUACGGAAGCAGCGGCUCUGGCUAUGGGAGCUACGGCUCCGGAUCCAGCCUUGGCUACGGAAGCAGCGGCUCUGGGUACGGAGGCUACGGCUCUGGAUACGGCACCUAUGGUUCCGGCUAUGGAUCAAGCUCAGAUUACAGCAGCUAUGUUACAGCCCUGCCCAUCGAUCCAGCUCAGGAUUUGGAGGCUCCGGCUCAAGGAACUUGA